AAGCUCGUGACAGCUUACAGAGAUGCACAGUAUAUAAAAUCUUUUUCCAAAUCGCUGACACUUCUUUUGCACGGUUCGCUUCAUGAUCGGAGGAGAGACGACAAAACAUUGUCGACCAAGCACGAUAGCUAACCACAGCAGCACUCAACUAGCAUCGUGUGGGCCCAGCGUCUGGCUCGAAGUAAGCCUGUCGCCUGUCUACGAGCACCGCCGAAUCACCUGGGCAAGAUGGACGGCUUCACAGACGUCCUUUCGAAUAUCACCCUCGAGCGGCAGAAUGAUGAUCUCCGCUUCGAGUCCGGCAACGUUGUGGUCGAGCUCUCCAACAGAACCGUACUCGUCCUCCACAGCGGCGUGCUUGCUGCAAGCUCGCCACGCUUCAAGGCCCGGUUCAGCAAUGUCUGGACUUCGAACGGGAACAACAAGGUCAAAGAUCCGGUCACUGGAGAGGAGAAGAUGUUGUACCGCUACAGCAUGCAGUACGAUGAGGACGUGGAAGCUUUCAGCAUCACAGACGCUUCCGCCUCUGCGACAAGGCCGUUCGACGGUGGCGCCGGGAUCCGACCAUUCCAUCUCUCCGGACUUGCUUCAGGCUACCCGAGGCGCGGAUGGCACGAAGGCAACCCGUGUGAAGUUGGUAGUUACGCAAGUGUAAAUGUUGUGCGCCAAAGCACUAUCGAGGCCGAUAAGCUGCUCUUCGCCCUCCUCUACGAGCAAGGCGUCCAGACUGCGUCAGACAUCCAGGAAGGUCUUCUGCAACUUACCGAUGCUGUUGCGCUUGCGGAGUUCUAUGAUCUGUUGCCCGCCGUUGCGGAGAAGGUCCUGGUCGCCAUGCUCGGUUUGCCAGAAGUAUGGAAGUCUGUCGCUCGCUUCCCGCUGCUAUUCUUAGCGCUGGGCAAGAAGUUGCGCUCGCCAGCAUUCUUUACGGAUGCCUUGCGGCACAUCAUAGGCAGUGGCAUGCCGCUGCAGAUCGUUGUCUUGAGCACGGUGCUUACGCAGCUGGAAGCCUGCAUCGCCAUGUAUCAGGCUAAGGAGUUCCAUGACAAGCGAGUCUCACACAUCAACAACGGAUUGCGCUCACUUGGCUUGACCGAGUACCAAGCCCACGCUGACCGCUCAUGGAGGAAGCAAUCAAGCGCCGUGAAGACCACCUGGCUUGAAUCAACAUUCGGGAAGAAGACCGUUCGUGAGAAGUGUCAAUAUCUGGCCCGCUCCAUCUUUCGCGAGUUUCUAGAUCAGCAGCUUGUAGGUGAGGCGCACUGGUCUAACAUCAAGUACGCAAAGACGACGCCACACAACGGAGACGUCGAAGCUGGCUCUUUGCGAAAGGCUUGCGAAAACAUACUCGAGGCGACAAAGGACGAGCGUGAGCAUGCGAAAGACGACUCACAGCCAGAUCUUGACCGUAAGCUUACAAAGGAUGCCCCAAAGAUCGAUCUCGAGCGCAUCGGUCACCGGCUCGCAGCAAAGUAUGCUAAGAUCUUCAAUCUCGACAAGGACAACAAUGACGGACAUCAUCCUGCCGCGGUGAUCGCCUAUGAGCUACGUGCCUUGCUUCGCGCCGCGGCUACGGUGAUAUACCACGCCGAUUACGACCAAAUGUCUAUACUCGAGUGCAACGCCGAGUGUGAGGAUGCCGAUGUCGAAAAUUAUUUUGCGUGUAAUUGCCGGCACAUGCAAACUUGCGCGCGCCACGAUGAUGGCCUGGCCUACUACACCGAGAUGCGCUUUCCGAAAAGCAUGUUGCCACGGACUCAUCAGGCGCAGUGGCAGGCUGCUGGUCUUCCUGCGGUUAGCAUGGAAGAGGCAACGGUGCAGUGGAUGCAGGCUCUUGAAAUCUAGCAAGACUUGAGAGGGUUUCACCGUCCGGACAGCCAUCGUGGCGAGAGAACUCGAAUACAAAGAGGCAUCUUGUGACGGAUGCGAAGUGACAGGGCGGAGAAAGACCCGGGCUGGUGCGAAGACAUGGGAAUGGCGUCUGACAUCAACAGACCUUGCAGGGUGCAAGCGAUCAUUAAUGUACUGACCUGAGUACGUUGCGGUUUGAGGGUACGUAAGCACUGGAGUGUAGCUUAGUAGGUUAAUGGUGAUAUAAUGCGCCGUGAGACAAAGGCACUGCGAAGUUCUCGAAAUUGUCCCGUUUGUAGCACAAACAUAGCAAAGCUGCAGUCAAUAUUCCUGCACACUUCUCCCAGCGUUUUAUCACG